CGUCGUCCUCGCCGCCGCCGCCGCCCCUGCUGCCGCCUCCGACACGGGAAAAAGGGAAGCGAAACGCGUCGUAUGUCCGCUAUCCAGAACCUCCACUCCUUCGACCCCUUUGCUGAUGCAAGUAAGGGUGAUGACUUACUUCCUGCUGGGACUGAGGACUACAUCCAUAUAAGGAUCCAGCAGAGGAACGGCAGAAAAACCCUCACCACUGUCCAGGGCAUUGCCGAUGAUUAUGAUAAAAAGAAACUGGUGAAGGCCUUCAAGAAGAAGUUUGCCUGUAAUGGUACUGUGAUUGAGCACCCAGAGUAUGGAGAAGUGAUUCAGCUUCAGGGGGACCAGCGGAAGAACAUAUGCCAGUUCCUCGUUGAGAUUGGACUGGCUAAAGACGACCAGCUGAAGGUCCAUGGGUUUUAAGUACCAGUGGGUCACUGAAGCCUCAAGGGAGAAGGCUUCCCUGCGAUGAGAAACUUCUGUUUCCCAUGUCACUAGUUUAAAAACAAGCCAGCUUGCAUAAUGUAAUCACAUCAGGUUCCCUUUUUAGUGUGGACUAGUGUAACUCAGCAAUGUAAUAAACUGACAAGAGCCCAUGUUGUCUCGUCUUGCUGUCCCUCAUUUAAACAAGACCCCAUUGUGCUGGUGUCAAGCCAGAAGCUUAUUCUACAUGACAAAUUCCCAGUAAGGCAAUGGAUGUUCUGGCUGUGUCAGGAGCUGCCCCCAAUGUUCAUGCCCCACCUUAUUUCAUAGCAACUGUGGCCAAUACCUAGAGAUUCCUGUCAUUGUCCUUGGUGAACUGUGACACUUAAUGGCAGAGACCAGGGCUUGGGUCUGAAUUAUACCACCUUAUAGCCGGAGAAGUCAUUGGGGAUGCGGAAACCAAAACCCCCUUUAUGGAGAGACGGGCACUGAAGUGACCAAACCCAAAGACACAGCAGUUAGCAGGCUUGGGGGUCUGUGGCUUGGAGUUGAGAUGAGGGAGAUGGUUUAAACUAGUGUGUCACCACAGAGUGCUACUUCGGCAACUAACAAUGCUGUGAAGCAACAGUUCUUGGUUUGAAUCCUGAUGUUCUGUGUAAUGUAUUUAAACAUUUAUUUAAAUAAAAAUGGUUUUCAGAAA